AGACUCAAUUGACUCCCUCAAUGGCGUCUACAAGUGUGGAGGAAUACUACUCUGGAGUAGCUAUUGUCUUGGAAUUAACCAUUGGGACAAUGGUGUGUUGUGUUUCUCUUUUGGUAUUAAUCGGCUACUUUAAAUGUCAUGGAUGGAAAAAACCCUCUGGUCUCACUGUGAUGAAUUUAUUGGCAGCUGAUUUAAUGAACGGGAUCGUUGCACCUUUACAAGCAGCUAACAUUCACUGCUUACUGCAUGAUAUCAAGGCUCCAAAGUUGUCCCAGACGAUUUUCUUUCUACAGGCUUGGUUUAUCUGGGUGUCUCCAAUGAUCAUAAUUCUGCUUAACAUAUCUCGGCUCAUCGCAAUCUUAAACCCAUUUUAUUACAUCAAUAUAGUUACACUGCGCACUACAGCAAUGCUUUUGAGUUUGUUUUGGAUGACUGGACUAGUGGACUGUUUCCUAAAGCGAUUCUGGGAUGAUUACGCCCAGUACAAAUAUUUUGUGUCUGAUGUUUUACUUCACUUGAUCCUCAUUGUUAUUGUGUUAGGCUUGGCUUUGUUCACACUGUUGCAACUAAAAACCUCUGGUGGAGAAACACAAUGUGAAUCUAGGGUCAGAGCUACCAAAACUGUUAUUUUGGUUUCUACAGUAUUCUUUCUUACGUAUGGUUACUAUAUCUAUGCGAAUAUUGUUUGGAUGAUACCAGGUUUAGCCAAAAAUACCACCAACCCAUGGCUUAAAUUCACUGCAAUUGGAAAAUGGUCGCUCUCAUUAGCUCAUUUGUUCCUGUUGGCGAAUAGUCUCUUCAACGGUGUGAUCUUUGGUUUACAGCCCAACAUCAGAUGUGCUAUUCAGAAUAUUUGGGUUCCCAAUUACCAUCGUAUCACUCUCCAACAGAAAGUGCCAAAUACAGCCUCAUCUCAGUUGAACACUUGAACUUUAUAGCUGUUUAAGAAACUGAUCACAAGGAUGGUUCUUAUAUUAUUGUUAUCGUUAAUGAAGUUAUUGAUUUGGUUAUAGACAUUUUUAUGAUUUUUUAAAAUGAUUUUUUUUGAUUUUUUGUCAACUUGUUUUUAUCAAUAAUUUUUACUCAGAAUAAUUUGAAAUUUUUGUAUACUUUUGUAUUAAUUCCACAAAUUUUUCAGAUAAUCCGAGAUCAUUUUUCAGGCAUUUUUUGCAGAAAAUUCAAUGAUUUGUUUUCUUUAUACUCGUUAUGUCAAUUUAUUUGAUCAAAUUUUUUCUCAUUCGCAUUGUUUUAGUAAUCUCACGCUAAUAGAGCCUUUUCCAAAAAUUUAACGCAUGGACAGUACUCGAUAGAAGUGGAUACAAAUAUCUACUAUCCUUCAUUUUAGUUGAAUAAUGGUUAUAUGAACUUUUUAACCUGAUCAUAGAUGAGUAUUUAUAAAAUAAUAUCUAAUAAUAAUAGCUGUGUUAGCAUGGCUCAGCCUAAUCAGGGUAUGAUGGGGCUUGUGCUGCAGAAUCCCUCCCAAAAUACUCACAUGCUGGUCAAUGUUGCUGGUUCAACAGGGUUUAUUGGACAACCCUCAAACAGUAUGAACCCCAUGGGCAACAUGGUCCAGAUGCAGCCUCAGAAUCACCCAAAUCUACACCCUAGACCCCACAUGCCCCCACCAUUACCAACUAACCUUGGUAACCGUAAUACCAAUGAAAGCGACAGAGUCUUGCAGAAAAGACACCUCCAGGACCUCCUUCAGAGCAUUGACCCACUGGGACAGUUGGAUGAUGAAGUAGAGGAGGUGCUGUUGCAGAUAGGAGAUGAUUUCCUAGAAGAUGUGAUCUCUGCAUCUGCUCAGAUAGCAGCUCACAGAAAGAGUAAGCAGCUAGAAGCGAAGGAUGUACUUCUUUACCUAGACCGACACCACGAUCUGUGGUUACCGGGUUACAGCAAGGAAGAGUUCAAACCUCCUAAGAAAGAUAUCUGUACAGAACAACACAAACAGAGACUAGAGAUGAUAAGAAAAGCUCAAAGACAAUGAGGGUGGAUUGCAAUACUAUGUAUUUACUUUCAAUUAGAGACAAAAGGUGGUCUUUAGAACCUCUUAAAUUAUGGGGAUAAAAAUAGCAGCUAAGCACUGAGCAGUAAGCAGGCCGUCUGACGAAAACCGAAAUUACUGGAACUUGGUAAUCUUCUCAAGUCACCCGACACGGAUAUUUUCACCGACAAUCUGAAUAUAAUAUAAAUUUUAAAUUUUGAAUUCGAGAGUUUCUAUGGACAUUCGACCUUUGGAUCACAUUUCAUGCAUUUGUAAAGUCGUUGGACAGUCAUCGUAGUGCACUAACAAUUACUAACCUGCAAUGUUAGGUUGUUGCUAGCUCUAAUUCAGUUAUUUAUUUCCAUGCACUGUGUUUCACCACUUCUUUGGGGAUUAUUUUUAAAUUGAUUAAUUCAUAUUUGGCGUAUAUAACUUGUUAAUCAAUUGUGUUCAGCUUUAUGUAUUUGUCAGUAUUAUAUUUGAUAUUAAAUAUUGAUUCUAUUCUUCUC